AUGCCCCUUGAGCAGCUCAAGUUCAAGGAGCUGGGUGAGGAGGAGCCUGCCUGGAAGGAAGAGAGCCUGGACAGUGUGAAGGCACUGACGGCCAAGCUGAAGCUCCAGACGCGGAGACCUUCCUACCUGGAGUGGGAAGCCCGAGUGCAGCGCCAGCCCUGGCGCACUCAGACCCGCAGGGGGACGAGGGGGGCACAGCAGAGCAUGGGGCACCCCGAGGACCAGCGUGAUGGGGGCAUCUGUGGGUUCGCCACCAUGGAGGCGGUUCUGGAGUGGCUCAGGAUGGAGCUGCAGGAGACAAUGGCCCAGCGCUGGCCACAGCAGUUGAUGCGCCUGCGGGCGCAGCUGCACCAGCUGAAGGUGGAGCAAGCCUGCCACCAGCACAAAGAGAUGCUGGACGAUGCUACCUUUGGCCUCGAGGGCUGUGAGGAAGACUCGGAUCUGCUCUGCAACAUCCCACCCAAGGCUGCCUUCCUUCUCUCCACGCCACUUAAGCACAUCGGCGUCACCCGCAUGAACAUCAGCUCCCGGCGGUUCUCCCUCUGCUGA